AUGUCUUCCGCCGCCCUAGUCCCCGCAGAUGACAUUCUCGAGCCCACUCUUCAAAGCAUCCUCGACCAGAAGAGCCUCCGCUGGAUCUUCGUCGGCGGCAAAGGCGGCGUCGGCAAGACCACCACCUCCUGCUCUCUCGCCAUCCAGCUCGCCAAGGUCAGAAAAUCCGUGUUGUUGAUCUCCACUGACCCAGCACACAACCUGAGCGAUGCCUUUGGACAGAAAUUCGGCAAGGAGGCGAGGCUGGUCGAUGGAUUCGAUAAUCUGAGCGCCAUGGAGAUCGACCCCAGUGCGAGCAUGCAGGAUCUGCUGGCUGCUGGCGGGGAGCAGGGUGAGGAUAUGGGAUUUGGACUUGGGGGGAUGAUGCAGGAUUUGGCGUUCAGUAUUCCCGGUGUCGAUGAAGCCAUGUCCUUCGCCGAGGUCUUAAAGCAGGUCAAGUCCCUAUCCUACGAAGUCAUCGUAUUCGACACCGCCCCGACCGGCCACACCCUGCGCUUCCUCCAAUUCCCCACCGUCCUCGAGAAGGGCCUCGCCAAGCUCUCCCAGCUAUCAAACCAAUUCGGACCCAUGCUCAACUCCGUCCUCGGCGCGCGAGGCGGUCUCCCCGGCGGCCAGAACCUCGACGAGGUCCUGUCCAAGAUGGAGUCCCUGCGCGAAACCAUCAGCGAGGUCAACGCUCAGUUCAAGGACGCGGACCUCACGACGUUCGUGUGCGUGUGCAUCGCGGAGUUCUUGUCGCUGUACGAGACGGAGCGGAUGAUUCAGGAGUUGACGAGCUAUCAGAUCGAUACCCAUGCUAUCGUUGUCAAUCAGCUCCUGUUCCCCGGGAAAGAUAGCACAUGCGAGCAGUGCAAGGCGAGGCGGAAGAUGCAGAAGAAGUAUCUCGAUGAGAUUGCGGAGUUGUAUGAGGACUUCAAUGUUGUUCGGAUGCCGCUUCUGGUCGAGGAGGUGCGUGGGAAGGAGAAACUUGAAAGGUAA